AUGUCGAGCAAGAAGCUCACGAAGUUCAAGAAGGACGUAGCCUCCUCAUCGUCCUCCUCAUCCUCACCGAGACCUACCUCCAGCACAACGUCACUCACCAUCCCGCAAGCAAACACCCUGCAAGCGCAACACCAGGAGCAGCUCGCGCGACUCGCUUCGACAACGCUCCCCAACCUCGCUACCGCUCAUUCGCGCCGCUUCCUCCACCUCGCACGCUCCCAGACGCAGACCGAUUCGCUGUGGGCCACACAAAAGGUGCAAGCUGUGCGGUACAGGAGAAGCUUAUGGGCCGAAGACAUUGAGCCUGAAGUAGAGGGCAAAGGGGAGGAAAGGGUGGUGCCGGACUUCUAUCAUAAGCAUAAUGGGCGGUGUGGACGAUGUGCUCUGCCGCUCGUGCCGGGGCUGAAUCAGCGCUUAGUGCGGGAUAGGGGCGCGAAGAGAGGAAAGCAGCGAGGGAAGAGCAAGCGUGUGUUCGAGUGCACGCUAUGCCAUCACAAGAGUCGAUCAUAG